CCGCCGCUACCACCUUCUAUACCGACCACAUCAAGAGGAGCGGGAAGUGUCGAUGGCAUUACAGUAAAAAGAAGUUUAAAGAUCACUUCUACGACGAGGAAACGAAACAGUGCUGUGGAAGAACCGGCGGAGGUUGGAUGAGCCUUUUUGCCUACGUAAUCAUGUAUCUGUUGUUCCUCAGCACCUACACAAUGAUAUUUCUCUACGGAUCAUUGUACUCCCUCAGAUUUUUAGUUGACUACAAGGUCGACAAAGUUGAAUUGCUGACUUACCCGAAACACGGAAUAGGACUUACAGCAGCGCCGACUUCAGAGUCCAAUUACCCGCUAAUCUGGUAUAAGAAUGGAGAGAAAGAGGAUUAUGGGAAGUACGUGCAAGCACUCGACAAACUGCUCUCUAGCAAUAGAAGAAAACGAGAAGUAGGUAAAUUAGGGCCUUGUGGCCAAUCUCCUUACGGUUAUGGGGAAAAACCGUGUGUUAUUGUAAGAAUUAAUAGACAAUUAAAAUGGUCCGGGCAGCCUUUGCUUCCCAAUUCAACGGUUGCCAAAUCUGCGCCGGCUGAAGUGAUACAAUGGAUGAAAACUGAUAAAAGAAAACUUUGGUUGGAGUAGGGGUACCAUGCUUACGAUAAAGAGCAUAUUGGUAAGAUACGGUACUUCCCGGAUCCGCCUGGCUUUGAUCCGGAUGUUUUCCCCCUCGAUCGCACGAAGAAGUCUCCUCUAGUAGCGAUACAAAUAUCUGAUUUCUCCAUGGGCAUCUCGUUGGCUGUAAAAUGUAACUUGUGGUAUGAAGCUGGUCCAUCGACCGUUGAAUUCGUACUUUACGUUGCGCCCCAAGAAAAGCGAAGUACUUGUCGAGAUAAGUGA